UAUAUGAUACAUGAUAUGAUACAUGAUGAAAUUAAAAUACGAAGAUAAUAAGGUCUCUUAACAGGUUUGAUAACAGACUAAUCAUACAAGUCAGCUAUGAGUCACAGAAUUUCCUACCCGCCUUUGUUUUACACGAGUAAGUACUCGUACCUAUUCCCUUGCAUUUCUUAUCCAAACAAAGUCAAAGUCUACACUGCACACACUGGUGUGUUCUUUUUUGACAAAGAACGUGCAGGUGCGUAACUCCACGGUUGCCAUGGUAACCUGCAUAAAGGAAGGUCAGGGAGGUUCGUUAAGCGAUAUUUAUCUGUCGCUUUUACUGCUGUGUCUCUUGCAUUUGUCAUUCAAAUGCUGCCAAAGCUGACAUUGGUGCCUUUAGAAGGUCACCGGGCGAGAUUAUUAAAGCCUGUCACGUGAACUGGUCUACUGAUGGACUGUUAUGCGGUUAACAGACAAACUUGAAUUAGUAAUCAAGAAAAUAAUCUGCAGAUUAAUAAUGAAUCAAUGCCUGUCUGGAUGGAAUUGCUACAGAUUCUACAACAAGACAAUGCAGUCAAAACAACAACCUGGUGUUUUUGGAUAAAACUCUUAAGUGAGUACUCCUGAAAUUAAGGUAAUAAUUCUAAUCCUAAUCCUAAUUUUAACUGCAGCAUGCACUAUAAUUUAAACCUGAACCAGGACAUAAUUUAAUGAUCUCUGCAGUUAAGAUAGUGAAUGUCAUCAUCAUCACCCUGUUGGCUGAAAGUAAAAAGAAAAAAAAAACUAAUAUUUUAAUGAUUGGGAAAUGAUCCUUUAAUCAAUCUUUAAUAGUUGUUGUGGUUAACUGCUUUGAGCGCUGAAACAUGAGGGGGUUACAUUAACUUAUCAUGCUGCUUUGGUUUUAUCCACCGCAGAGUCAUGAGCCACUGCAUCUCCAACUGUGCGUUGGAGCUCUGCAACCCCGCUCCAGCCCUAACCGGAUUUUCUUGUUGGGUUUAAGUUUUUAAUAACUUAAAUCUUCAUUUAAGGUAAAAAAAAGGCACUGUCAGGUACCGGUACUGGUCUUAAUCAUCAACACACUCAACAGCAGCACAAAUCACACUAUAAAUGGUACAUUGUGCAGUAUCACUAUCACUGUGUUCUUUAGUUUCUUGAACACAUUUUUUAUUGUUUUAAAAAUAUGUGUUCCCUAUUUUAUAAACACUAAGUCAUCAGAGUCUGACUUCCCCUUCAACCAUAAUUAUUCUUGCGUAGUGUUUACUAACAUGCUGAAAGAUGAUGGAGUUCAUGCAUUCAUGUUCAUUCAUUCAUUCAUUCAGCAGCACACUACGGUACAUGUCGGUGAGAACAGGCAGCAAGAUAUUUUUUGUGACGUGGAUGAUAAAAUAGAAAUGAAUGUAUUUUCUUACUCUUAGAAAUCAAGUAUAUAAUAUUAUAUUUAAUGUAAUUAGAGUGAGACCUGUAAGCAAAGUCAUUAGUCUCUUAAUUUGAGGCGUGUUUUAUUAACGCAGUGAAAAGUCUGAGCAUAUGACCAAAGUGUAGUGAGGCUGAUUCAUUCAUUUCAGUAUUUUGUUGUGUUUUUUUCUCUGUACCUAGAUUUAUCUGAUGUAGACACUGUACCCAUGUCCUUCUACUUUGGGGAGAUUACCAGAUUGUUGUUUUUUUGCACACUUUAAUGUGUAUUUUUCUAGAUUUUCUUCUUUAUUUGAAAGAAGCACUGUGGUUGUGUGAGUGUGCUUCAUGACGUACUGUUCUCAUGCACUUUAACUGGCGGAUGAUAAAUACAUCUGCAAAUGUCAAAAACAACAACCCCAGUGAGAUGUUUAAUUACAAAUAAAUUAGACUUCAAACCUACCAGACAAUACAGUGCAUGUUCAAAGUGUUUACAGUCGCAAAGAAGUGAUGAGAUCGUGUCUGAACUGAAUUAUGUGAUAAUCACUUAAUCGUUAUUUACAGGUUACUCAUCAUCAUCAAAGAUAGUCAUGUAUAGAUUUAUGUUUGUAAACAUGCUUCAAAUGCUGUGUCUACCAUGGUUAUUACGGUUAACGAAAACUAAAAUUGAACUGAAAUAAAAACAAAAACUAGAGUUAAUAAAAAUGAUAAUAUAAUGUUUAUAAAACUAACUAGAAUUGCAGCGAAAAUGUGUUCUGCCGGCAAUUUUGAAAGGUUGCAUUUGAGACACAAUACUUAUGACCUUUUUGAAACUUGUGCCUGGCAAAUACUAUAAAAAAGUAAUAAACAUUACCAAACCUGCUCUAAAAACAGAUUAAAACUAACUCAUUUUAAAAACAAAAAGUCAAAAUGAAAGUAAAACUCAUGAAAAAUCCUAAACUAUUAUAUCCUCUCCAGGACCUUUGACACUGACCUUGUCAGGACCAGUCGUCCUCAUGGAGACCAAAACCUGGUCCUAAUGAGGGAGAACCUAAUUUCUGAGGAACAGAGCACGAUAAGGUUAGGUAUUAACUGGUUAAAGUUAAGGUUUGGGAUACAGCGUUGUUUAGGCUUUCUAAAUGAAUGAAAGUCAAUGCAGUGUCCCAAGAAGAAUAGCUGUGCAAACCUGUGUGUCUGUGUGUGUGCAUGUGUGUCACCCAAAUGUGUCAGGCUGCAACAGUUCAAUUAAUAAUCAAUGACUGAAUUAUAAUAACCAACUAAUCACUUUUUUGUGGUUUUUUUUUUGGUGAAACAAAACUAGUAACUUUUGUGAAUAUUUUUUGCUCCUUUUUGAUGGCAAACAGUCAACUAUUCUAAAAUAAUCUACAGUUUUCAUCAUUUUACGACAUACGUCAGUCCAGUAAAUAGUCCAUAGAUACGGCCCUAAUUAUCCAUCUUUAGUUUUAUAACAUAACUAUGUUCCAAUUUGCUGUUGAUUCUUAUUUUGUCUAAUGAAUCAGUAAAAUUCCAUUCAUUUUCAUAUUAUCAUAAAUUUAAGAAGAAAAUGGUUGUUCUGAAUAUGUAACAUGAACAAUAAACAAGUAAGGUUUCAGGAUCUCUUUGAUUAAUGUAUGAGUAAUGAUCUUUUUGUGUGGAAAAGAACACAAAACACACCACCCCCUCCUUUUUUUUCUUUUUUUUUUUAAUUUAAUCAAACAUCCUAAGUAGAGGCGGCGGCGCAUGUGACCGAGGAGCCAACAAUAGUCCUCAUUGACGGCCUGAAUAAGGACGCGUCUGUGUGCUGAUGUGACACCCAGCUGUCCUCUCAGGUAGUGGGGGACAAUAGUACCAGAGCCGCCUGUCAUUGCAGAGCAUGUGAUGUGAGUGAAGGUAUAAGAGGCCGCGGAGUGACAACAACACAAACACAACACAAACAAAUCCAGAGUGACAUCCAAACUCUUCCACAGCCGACAGCAGCAGCAGCAGCAGCCAUGAGGUUUUUACAGCCUGUGUUUGUUUUCCUCACUGUGGCAGCAUUUCACAGCGCUCUUUCAGCAUCUCUGGAGUCUGCAGAGAAAGAGGAAAAGGUCCCCCAGUAUGAUGGGCUAACUGAACUGCAGAAAAUAGACCAGAUUGAGUUUGAGGCCGCUCAAAAGAGGGAGACUACUCAGAUUAACGGCACAGACACGGAGCGCAGUGAGGAUGUCCACUACCUCGAGGCUGCUCAGGAUGAAUCUGAGGAGGAGCGUGCUGAGCCUGAGGUCGACAGCACGGAGGGAGGGGGCCACUCUGACGCUGCAGCUCGUGAGGAAACAGUAUCUGAAUCUUCUGAGGAAGUCGAAGGCAGACAGAAGCAUGAGCAUCAUGAUGCAGUGAGCAGUCUGGAUGCAGAAGUCAACGAGGAGUCGUCCGAAGAACAAGGUGUAAAUCUUGCAAACGUGUUCUAUAUGUAAUGGAGUGAGGGGCAGACGCUGCAGCGCGCGGACACCAGCACUGACUCACCCACCUGAUGCCUGAGCUGCACUGAAUUCACGGUUAAUAAAAAAAAAACAAGGGGGAACACGUCCCACCUCUCUGCA